AUGUGGCUCCGAGACUUCCUCCCUGACUCUGUUCCAAGGGCACGUAUCUUGACAUAUGGAUAUGACACAAAGCUUCCCGGGAGUCAGUCCGAGGCUUCAAUCACCGAUUUAGCUAGACGACUGCUAGAAUCCAUCAAAACUACCCGUGGAGAAAAGGCAGUAUGUAGACCGAAAGAAUAGCCCCCAUAUAUUACAACUAACGCCCAGAAGCGGAACAGGCCUCUGGUAUUUAUCGGGCAUAGUCUUGGAGGGCUAGUUGUCAAACAAGUUAGGAACUCCCAUCCUGCAUAAAGACAUAUUCUGAAUCUGACUGACAUUUUUUAGGCACUAGUCGAGGCUUUUGAGGGUAGCGACGAAGAUAAAACCGUCUUCCGGUCCUGCUUCGGUCUAAUGUUUUUCGGUGUCCCGAACCGGGGUCUUGAAAAUUCUAGCCUAAUGGCAAUGGUUCGCGGGCAACCUAAUGAGUCGCUCGUGAGAGAUCUAUCCGGAUCAUCUCGAUUCCUAAGCCUUCUCCACCGUCUAUUCAACAAAACCUUCACGCUCGAAGACUCAACUAUCAUUAGCGUAUAUGAAACCAAGGCGACGCGGGCAGUCCAGGUAAGUAAUCCCUGCUCACUUCAAAGUGUGUUUGUUAAUCAAUCCAAGUGGUCCCCUCAAAAAGGUUCCUGGGAUAGAACUGGACCAGCAAUUAUGAUGGUGGAACAGGCGUCUGCCACCCAUGCCGGGCCUAGCGAGAUGACAUAUGAUCAAAUAUCAAUCGAUGCAGACCACUCCGACAUUGUCAAGUUUGAAGACCAGUCAAACCCGGACUAUAUUAUUAUCGCAUCAAGAAUCACCCAACUGGUAGAAAAGGGACCAAUUAUUGUGAAGGCGCGGUUCGCUGAGUAUCGCCGGAGUAAGACCACCAGAUCGACCAUGCCAGUGAUGAAGGGACCUAAUUAAUACCAAAAUACAGAGCUCUCUCGGCUAGAGACACAGUUUAUUCAAUCUCUCAACGUCCCCAACUACGGUGCAUUUCGGAACGACAUGGUCGACGAUCCCACCCCAGGAACUUUAACCUGGAUCCUGGACCAAGACUCUUUCUCGAAUUGGAGAACUUCCGAAGAACCAUCAGUACUUUGGAUCAAAGGGUCAGCUGGCCAAGGCAAGACGACACUCUCCAAGUUUCUUUUAACCCAUAUGGAGAAGGAAUCCAGCGCAAGCCCAGAAACGAAAGUGAUUUUCUACUUCUUUUACGGACAAAAUGACAUACUUUCAACAGUUGGGUAUGCCGUGAGAUCACUCAUCAGACAACUCCUCAAUGUGCGCGAUGUCGAUACAUUUGGGGCCAUCGCAGAACUAGUUGAGUUAGACAACACAGCUGACAUGUCUGAGGAUGGGCUGUGGGAGAUCCUUGAACAUCUGUUGAGAGCUCCUGUUCUUCAAGAGGUACUCUGUGUCAUUGACGGAUUAGACGAAUGUCAAAAUGCAGCAUCAAGGCUUCGCCUUAUUCGGCUCUUCAGCAGGCUUGCCCAGCCAAAUAGAGCCAAGAAUAAAUCGCCGGUUGUCAGAACAAUCUUUACAAGCCGCCCCACUGUUGAUAUUGAGCAGCAACUAUCACGAUCUCCUAGUUUCCACCUGGUCGCCAAUCCUCAAGAUUUACAGGUGUUCGUCAAUCACGAGAUAGGAACACUCGACCUUGAUCCUAAGUUGCACAAAGACGCUGUUGCACUCCUCUUGACUCGCGCCGAGCAGACAUUUCUAUGGAUAUCGUUGAUUGUCAAAAAGCUGAAGGCUGAAGCUCUGCUAUCCUUGGCAGAUAUUGAGCGAAUCAUCAAAUCAAGUCCCUCCGACCUCGGAAAUCUAUAUCAAGGUAUUGUUUCAGACAUCCUAGCCAGAAGCGGCGAGAGCCAAAAGAAGCUCCUUCUGUGGGUAGUCUACGGUCGUCGGCCACUGGCACUCUCGGAACUCGAGGACGCGCUUUCUAUACAGGAGGAUUCUGACUCGAUUGGUUCCAUUAGAUCGGGUCGAGCCAGACUCACGAAGCAUAACGUCUCCCGCGCCGUCGGAAUCAUCAUCGAUAUCCGUGAUCUCGAUGACAGACUCUAUUUAAUUCACCAGUCAGCGCGAGACUUCCUUGUUACCAGCGACAUUCUGAGUCCUGCUGCCUUUUGCUGGAAUUUGAAGCCAAACUUGUACCUGGCCAAGGCGUGUUUGAUUUACUUGAGUUUUGAUGAUUUCGGCUCCCACAGCGGGAGCGAGUUUCCGAAUAGCUUUCUUUUACGAUAUGCCUCACAAAACUGGCACCGACACAUCGGUAAUGACUUAGAUGGCAUGCACAACUUGGCAAGUCUGAUUCUCCGUAUCACGGAGCCUCGAUCGUCUGCCCUACUCACUUGGGGCGGUUCUGCAGGCCUCUAUGACAUCCACAACGCAAAGACUCGCUGGGACGUGGCCACUCAGGCAAACAUAACCUGGCUUGCAGAUUUCGAAACCAGCGGUACCAUCAUCAGCCCAGAAAAGGUUUCUGCUGCUGCAGCUAAUGGAAUGGCGGGCUACAGAACUAUCGUCACACUGAUACAAAGCCAGCGUGCGCGAUUCACAGAUGAGGCUGUAGUUUCGGUCGCCCGGUAUUUCGACUCCGAGAUGGUCAAUCUCUUGCUGGAGAGACAGGACUCAAAGAUGGAGAUUAGUGAGGACUUGCUAAUCGCAGCUGCACGAAACCGGCAGCACGGUGUGGCCAUUAUUCGCUCACUCAUCGAAUCAAGUCGAAAGAUCCACGUUACGAGUGACGUCCUGACUGUGAUUCUAGAUGAUCGGUCCAACCGAAGAGAAAUUGUUGAUAUUUUUGCGCAGAGUGGCAAUGCUACGUUCACUGAGAAGGCAAUCGACCAAAUGGUCAAGCUCAGGGACUGGGUUAUGAUACAGUCAUUUUUGGACGAGCGGGAAGAUUGCGACACCCCCGACACCAUGCUUCAGAUCGCGUCGGCCCAUAUACAGCCUGCGGAGGAGACCAUGAUACGACUUAUUAAUCGAAGUCGUCCAGAUAUUGAAAUCUCAGAUGCAAUCAUAACGGAGAUGGCGUUGAAUGGCGUAUCAGCUUUCAGGUGCUUUCUCAAUAAGUUCGGCCAUGGGAUUGUUUGGUCCGAAGACUUUCUUCAAUCUUUGGCCCAACUUGAGGAUGAAAAGCCUCUCGAGGCUCUGAUUAAGACGCAAGGCCAUGAUAUCGUGAUUACAGACGCAGUACUUGAAAGUGCGGUGCUGAAUAAAAGGACAGUUAACAUCACACGGUUGAUCCUGGGAGAACCACACUGGAAGUUGGAAAUAUCCGAAAGACUAGCGGAGCGAGUAGCAUCUGCAGGAACUACAGAAAUGAUGACGUUACUGCUGGAAAUCAAACACGAUGAAAUCAAGAUCACUGAUAAAUUAAUCAUAUCCGCUUUUUCAAAUGAUGAGCACGCUGAUACCAUGGUGUCGCUGUUAUUUGAAAAUCAUGGAUCAGAUUUGUUGCUCAGCGAGGAAGUCGUGGAAGAUGUGGCUUGGUUGGGGAAGCCAAAAUCCGCGGCAUCACUACUUCGCGUGUUUGGAAACAGGUUCAAGGUCACCGACAGGUUGCUUCAGGUUGCGGCAGCAGAGCAUACGAUAGUGGGCGAGGUAUACAAUCACAAAACCAGAGAGUUCACUCGGCCUGCAGGAGACCUGUCCUUGCUGGAACUCCUUAUCCAGAACAGACGGGCCGACGUGGAGGCUGCCAUCACGGAAGAAGUAUGUUUGGUAGCAGCCUCUGUGAACAACCGCCGUGCCCUCGACCUUCUUUGCGGCGAUGAUGGGUUCUUCCAACCGAAGAAGCAAUGGUACAAUGUGGCAAAACUUAGGCAUGAAGUCAUCAACAGGCACCCGUGGAAGGUCAGAGACCUGCUUCUCGACGAUACGCUACCUAACGUCAGGGACUUCAAGAGUGGGAUGACGCCCUUGUGUUUGGCUGCUUAUCGGGGAUUCUUCGAUGUUGUGAAUGUCCUUCUGUGGCGGAAGGAGGUGGAAAUUGACGUGCAGGACUACAGAGGAAGAACUCCGCUGUUUUGGGCCCGUCUCUAUGGAUAUGAUGAUGUUGUCACCCUACUGAGGAAUGCGGGCGCCAAUGAUAAUCUCAAGGAUGAUAGGGGCGAGACUCCAACAGAGGCCGGGUCUUCUGGGGCGGAAUACCUCUUAAGGGCCGUUAAUCAAGCAGAGCAGCCACCAGAGAGAAGCUCUGAUGGGGUGA